GAUAGCGGCUCGUGUUCCUGGUUGGUUGACGUUGUCGGAGUCGGUCUUUAUAAAGUAUCGUGUUUUGCUUCCUCUGUGUCCUUGUAAAGCAGUUUGUAUGGUUUAUGGCUUCGCGGUGGACAGUUCAGAGCAAAGGACUGCGCAUGGCGGAGGCGGCAGCCCUGAGCGGACUGAAGCGGUGCCGCCAGGCCCAGGAUCAGCUGGAGGACGCCAUCAGUGCGGUGAUGAGGGCGGAGCAGCAGCUGCGAGAGAACGCCAGAGAGGUGCGUUUGGAGCUGCAGAGCUGUGUGAGUCGCCAGCAGGAGGCACUGCGUAGCAGAGAAUUGUGGCUGCUGGGUCAGACUGAGCUGCUGGAACAGCUGAAGGUUGAAACUCUGCAGCAGCAACUCUUCCAGCUGCACUGGCUCAGAGGUCAGUUUGACGGGCUCAGCCAGCAGCUGCAGACCUCGUGCAACAGCACCGACCUGAACAACCAGCUGAGCGACAUUGUGGAGCGGCUGGCCUGCGUGAGUCUGAUCCCAGAGGAGACUCCUGAAAUCAGCUUCCAGGCCGAUUCCCGCGCUCUGAGGAAGGCCAUCACCUCUUUUGGCAGUGUGAGUGCUCAGUUUGUGGAGGGAGAGGCCUCUCAGAACUCCGCCUUAAACUCCUUCCACCACAGAGGUGUUGUGCAGAGCUGCUCCGUGGAAGGGGAGACACAGAAGAUGGAGGCAGGAUCCCUGAGUGAGUGGCUCUUGGAAACGCACCCAGCAAGCAGCACUCCCAUUGGCUACCAUGUUAGUACCAACCCUCAGGAUUGGCUGCUGCCACAAACAGAGAGCAAGACUCCUGCUCCGGCUCUGGCCUCUAUGGAUUUCCUGAAGGCCUGGGGUCAGCUUAGAGACCUGGAGGCGUGGCUGCUUCACGACAAGACGCCCGUCAGCAGAGAGCGAGCCACCAGCAGCUGCAGCACCGCUACUUCCUGCAUUUCCAUAGAGAAGAUAGAUGAGUGCAUGUUUGAAGAGGAGGACCUGAGUGAGUGGAUCGUGACCUCGGCUCACGGAAGCACGGAGACCGUCUCUGACGCAGAGCAGUGGCGAGCCGUGCUGAAGCCAUUCACAGAAAAGUGGUCACCCAGCGAGUGGCUGCUGACGCCGUCUCGUGCUGCUGCAGACUGCACCGCCUGCUGCCACACCCCCAAGGCUGUGGAGAUUGAGAACUUGGACCAGCUCUUGUGCCGAAAGACCCCUCCCACUCCCAGCUCCACCUCUGCUACCUCCCCGGUGGUGACUCUGGAGGCGUGGCUUCAGCAGGCCGUUCCAGUGCAGCAGGCCUGCCGGGCCAACGAGCCGUGUUCCAGCUACAGUCAGUGCAUCUGCGACGAAAACUGCGGGAAGGAGGCGCUGAGCCGCUGGCUGCUCCAUCAGGAUGGACGAGACAAGAACGGCGUGCCGGUCACCAAGACGGCUCCGCCCACACUGCAGCUCAGAGACCACAAGGUUCUGUCCAUCCUGGAUGCUUGGCUCCACCCUUUGUCCUCUGCCCCCUCCUCUGAGGAGAAGGCCUCCAGGGAGGACCACAGCUCCCGCUCCUCACUGCUGUUCCACUGCCCUCUGGAUCCAGAGCUCUGGGUGGUUCCACAGAAGAUGGCCGGGCCGUCAGCUGAGGAGGACAAGUGGCUGCUGAAGAAGAGCCUAGCUCAGGAGCGGCUCGCGCUGCCCAACGUCUGCGACCUCUUCUCCUGCAUGAAGGUGGGCGGGGACAAGGACCAUUGGUUGCACAAGGCUUCCAUACAGAUCUGAUGAUUGCCUGAGAUGCUUCUGGAUUUUUUGAAUGCCAAUCAAUCAGUCUGAUCGUUACUGGCUUCGCUGGCUGCCCAUCUCUUCCCAUCGACACCAGAUUGUGGGCUCCACCUCCUCCUGCCAUCUGACUCGAGUGUCGCACAAACAGAAACAUCAGUCACGCGAUCGGAAAAUUUUCUUCACUUCAUACAGACCAUCUGUCUGAGGGAAUGCACAGGGUUCUGGUGGGUGGGCAGGGCUAAGGAGGGAGUGGGCAGGGCUACGAUGGAGAACAGCCAGGCGAGCUAAACUUGCAUACAAAUUAGCUUUUAAUUAAAUAUUUUAAUCAA